CACUGUCAAAAUAAAAUGACGUCUGGAUUUAUUUGUUGAUAAAAAAAGAAAAGUUUCAACUGAAUUUAAAAACACUAAUGAAAUAAAUAAAAUUAAAAUUAAUAAACAACAAAAUCCAGUGCUUUUAAAAUUUAGAUCUUCUUAUACAAUAAUUACCCACAAUUUGUAUAGUUUUUUUUACUUGAUGAAAUCACAUUUAACAUAGAAAAUAUGGCAGCAACAGAAAAUAAACGAAGUCGAAGUAAAUCUCCAAAACGACAAUCAAGCAAAGAACAACUAAUACAAGCGGUAUUAAAAAAACGACAAUGCAAAGCUCAAGCUAAACUGAUUGUAGAACACUUACUUCAAUCUAAUGUAACACCUGAAGACUUUCUAAAAAUGAUCAAAGACAUUAACCAAUGCCACUACGAAGAUGUUGUGGAAGAAAGAUUCAUUCUGAAAGUAUGUGGUUAUCCUUUGUGUGAUGCUGUUCUUCUUAAUGUUCCAAAGAAACAAUAUCAAAUUUCAACAAGUACCAACAAAGUUUACGACAUUACUUAUAGAAAAAUGUUCUGCAGCACAAAGUGUUUCAAAGCAUCCGAGUAUAUCAAAGCACAAAUGCUCACAAGUCCAUUGUGGAUGCGAGAUCAAGAAAAAAUACCCGAGUUUAAAAUAUUAACUGAUUCAUGAAAUAAACUCUUACUACUCGUUCUUUAGUUUUAAAUCAAAA